AUGCCACAGGUGGAAAGCUACGAUGGAUCUAAGGACCCCCUAGAUCACUUAGAGUCUUUCAAGACCCUAAUGCACCUGCAAGGAGUGGCAGACGAGAUCAUGUACAAGGCCUUCCCCACUACGUUGAAGGGCCCCGCAAGAGUUUGGUUCAGCAAGUUGACACCCAACUCCAUUAGUACCUUUAAGGAGUUGAGCACCCAAUUUGCCUUACACUUUAUCGGGGGACAUAGGUAUAAGAAGUCCACUACAUGUCUGAUAAGUAUUAAGCAACGGGAGGAUGAGACCCUGAGGCCUUGCAAAGCCUGCUUUAACAAAGAGGCCCUCUCAAUCGAUGAAGCUGACAACAAGGUACUUGUGGCCGCAUUCACGAAUGGGCUGCAAAAGGGUAAGUUUUUAUUUUCUUUAUACAAAAAUGACCCAAAGACUAUGUCAGAUGUACUUUACAAGGCUACUAAGUACAUGAAUGCAGAAAAUGCCCUGUUGGCUUGCAAAGAGAAACCUAAGAAGAGAGAAAGACUGGAGGAAGCACGACAAGAAAGGGGGCGAAAGAUUGCCAGGACAGGAGAUAGAAGGGAAGAUAGAUGA